UUUUAGCAUCUAUUAUGGAAAAUAGUUGCUUUUAUAACGGCGUAGACGACAGUGUACAGGAUAGCGUCGGAUCGGUGGAGCAUUUAUAUAAUACGCUGAACGUAACAUACAAAUCUCAAAUGAGAGUAAAUUCAUUUGAAAUGACACUUUUACAAAUUGUUUAUAUAUAUUUAUUUGCUAAUGUAUAUCACAUAUUUGUCGAAGGUAAGGCAUCAGUAAAAGUUCAGGUGCAUGAACAUCGUAUAUCCGAGCAGAGUGAUACUGAAUAUGUGCGAAAUAUUAUGUGCUUAUCCAAGUCGGCUGAAAUGCGCAAUUAUAUGCGUUUCGAGGCGGAUGCUUGCGAUAAUUUUUAUGAUUACGCUUGCGGAAAUUGGGCUCAAAUUUAUCCGGCAGCUAGCUCGGAGAAACGGAAAACUUCGUUUCAUGAUUUAUUAGAAAUUUCAUAUAAACAAAAGCAAAUGAAGUUGUUAAAGGAAGAGAAACGUGAACAAGAUUCAUUGGCUGUUGGAAGAGUGAAAGAUUUUUACAGAUCUUGUACGCAAUUGAAGAGAAAAUCUAAGGAAAAAUUAAGAGAAGAAUUAAGAGAAAUACUUAUUGAAUUCGGUGUAAUAUUAUCUCUUUGGGGAGAAGAGAUAGACGAAACAGAGCAAGUGAGUAAUGUUAAUGAAACCGAAUUCGAUUGGUUGCAAGCUAUCGGUAAAAUACAACAACUUUAUGGCUUGGAUGUUAUUCUACAAAUGAGAAUCAUUAACGAUUUUGAUAAUGCUACGAUGCAGGCUGUUCUAGUGGGUCCACCCGAAUUGAAAUUGGGAAAUAAAAAUGUUUAUCUGGGAGUGGCAACUGCUUGGCAACGUCAACGAUAUCAAAAUCAAAUACAAAAUAAUUUGGAAAAUUUGUUAGGUGUACCCGAGACAAGAGCAGAAGAAAUAAGUGCAGCAAUAUUGGAAUUUGAAAUUGCUUUAGCGAAAGGCUUACCGGAAUUGAAAACUGAAAAACUUUUGAGAUCCGAAGCAGUUAAAAGAACUCCUGAAGAAUUAGAAAAUCGUAACACACCUGAUUUAGACUUGAUGAAGUUUGUCAACACAGCAUUGGGUUAUAAGCUUAACAUGACUUUCUACGAAUACUUGAUCGCUUAUCAGGAAAAUUUAGUAGAAGUUUUGAAGGAUACAACUGCUUUAAAAUUAGCGAAUUAUAUUCUCUAUAAAUUGGCUGAAGAGUUUUUCAUGGAUCCAGAUAUUACGUUAGUGGAGAGAGAGGAGUUAUGUUUAGUUAAAAGUAAACGAUAUUUUUCGUCUUUAAUGGACAAAAUCAUCUAUGAAAGAUUUAAUAUGCCGCAGAUGCCAGAAGACAUUGAAAAUAUGUGGCAAAGUAUUAAAAGUAUUUUGAAGAAACAGUUAGAAACGGAUUCGUUGGCUUGGCUCUCACCUUUAACCCGCAAACUGGCCAUCGAGAAAUUGGAUACCAUACAGGUGAUUAUUAAUUCGUACGAACAAAAGAAUUUCUCUUCGGUAUAUGAGGAUUUGCCAUUAAAUGAUUUGGAUUACGUGGAAAAUGUUAAAGCUAUACUAAGUCACAGAGUGAAAUAUAUGCAAUAUGUACCAUUAUAUAAUCAUGAUAAUAACAAUUAUUUGCCGAUCUAUAAACAGACUGAAAAUCGUAUCAUAUUACCGAUACCUCUCCUACAACCCAACUAUAUUUGGUCCAAUCUAUAUCCGCAAGCUUUAAAAUUCGGAACUUUGGGAUUUUUAUUAGCUCGAGAACUUAUCUAUGGCUUCGAUGAUUUACUGCCACUGCAGAGCAAUGACGGUACUUUCUGGUUGGACGAGGGCUCCGCUAAGGCUUUCCAAAAACGUAAACUUUGCUUCAAAAGUCAAUACGCCCGGUAUCGUUACAAUGGUAAAUAUUUGCCGGAAACUGAUCUACAACAAGACAAUAUAGCAGACAAUGGUGGCAUACGUAUAGCUUUUCAAGCUUACAACAAUUGGUUGAUUGAACAUAGUCAAGAUGCUCUUCAGGAAUCUUUGCCGCAUAUGCAUUUUAAUAGUCAACAAUUAUUUUUCCUCGGCUUUGCUCAAUUUUUAUGCAAUGAUGCCGAUAACGUAUUUAAAGAGAAAAUUGCCUUAUUAGAUAUACGUCCACCGGAAAUCUAUAGAGUUAUCGGUUCUUUAGCUAAUUUUCCGGAAUUCUCCAAUACAUUUAAUUGCCAAGUGAACUCAACAUUAAAUCCUUCCAAUAAAUGUCAAAUGUUUUAAUUUAUUAUCUCUCUACAAUAUAACAAUGCAAUUCACUCA